AUGAAACUGAAGCUGAAAAGCUUCUUUCAUUUUUUGUGCUUAGAUAGAAUAUACUGCUUACUGUCUGUCAGGAAUGCCAGAGCUCUGACAGCUUACUUUAAUCUACUUGAUGUUCAUAUGAAGAAUGCUUUGAAUAAUCUGCAGUUCUACCACUUCCUUCACCAUGUAACUAAUCUGUCCUCAGCUCAGAUCAUGCUGGUCUUUGAUUUACUGGAUUGGGAUGGCAAAGGGGAGAUCGGCUUUGAUGAAUUCUACAUGUUGGUGUGCAUCAUAAUGGCACAUGAGAAUCAUCUUGAAAAACAGUUCAUGUAUCGUCACUCUCAUGCUGUUUUUGAGUUGCUGGACAUUGAUGGGGGCCAUACAGUUGCUCCAGCAGAGUUCCAGGCAACACGCUUCCUUUUCAAUAUUAGGAAGACAGAGCUGAGUCAGAUAUUCAAGGACUUUGACAUCUCUGGUGAUGAGCAAUUGAACUACAAGGAGUUCAAGAUGUUUACGAUCUUCUGCAUUGAUAGACAACAGAGGAAGGCAAAAGAGAAACUGAGGAGACAGCUGGCCAAAGCUGCAGCUGAAGCUGAAGAAGAAGAAGAGUAUGCUAAUUUUACCAAGCUUUCCCAGGGCAGCAAGAAGUUGUAA